AUGGCUUCUUCAGAGACACCCACCCCAUCGGAGUUGAGUCCUGAGGACUUGGCUACCCGAGGACGCGAAGUGAUUGGCCUUUCUAUCUAUAAAGACACCAACGAUGACAUCAACAUGGACAGAGUACAUGCACUGCUGGCUGAAAUGAACUCAGAUGUUCCUCAAGGCGGAACAGACAUUGUUUACGGAGAAAGAGAAGCGCAGCGCCUGCGUCUUUGGAAACCUACUUCAAGCGCCACCAAGGCCCCUGUCAUCGUGUACGUCCACGGUGGAAGUUGGACAAUCGGAACGUAUCUCGACUCAACUGGCUCAAAGAAAGUCAGUCACUUGAACGACCUUGGCUACGCCUUUGCGUCGAUCAACUACACGCUCAUCCCCAAGAUCACUGUCAAGGAGCAGGUGCAAGAGAUUGCUGAUUCAGUAGCAUACCUGAUCAAGCAUUCUGAAAACCUCAACAUUGAUCCAGAGAGUGUAGUUCUCAUGGGCCACAGUUCAGGAGGACACGUCGUAACUCUCCUCGGCACCGACCCAAGCUACGCCCAAAAAGCCAACUUCGACAUCUCCAUCAUAAAAGGCGUCAUCGCUCUCGACGGCUCAAACUACAACGCCCUAGCAGAAUUCUCCGACAGCGCCGGCCCCAUAAUCACAAACAUGAUCAAAGGACUAAGCGAUGACCCGGAGAGAUUGCAGGGCAUGUCGCCGACGCAUCACGCAGCUGCACCGAACGCGGGGGCGUUUCUGCUGCUGCAUGUUCAGAGGAAGGGGGGCAUUCGGCAGGCGGCUGAGUUGGCUGUGGCGUUGAAGGCGGCGGGGACGAGGGCGGAGUUGCGUGUUUUUGAGGGCGAGGGGUUUGAGGGGCAUGUGAAGAUGUUGUUGAGGCUGGGGGAUGGGGAGUACCCUGCGACGGGGGUGAUGAAGGAUUGGUUGAAGAAAUAUGUUCCAGUAUAG